UCAAAGUAAAUGUUUUUGUGCCAACGUAGGGGAAAAAUUACAACGCGAAAUUUUGUUACUCGUCAUUGAAAUUUUAUCAUACAAUAUUAGCAAUAGUGGCCAUCGUUCUCAAAAAUGUCUUAGAUUGACGUCGUAUUUGUGUGCAAAUGUUGAAAAGUUGAAGAUUCGUAGUUCAAAGUCUUGAAGUGUGAGAUAAAGAAGCCCAAACUAUAUCUUAUCAUCUCGGGACUCGAAAAAAGUGGACACAAAGGAAGGACAAGCAGCUUGCUGCCUGGCCUUAUCAGCAUCUGUGGUGCGGUGGCUCCGGCUGCUGACAAUGCAGCUGGAUAAGCCACGGCGGGUGUCUGUCGUUCCGAGUAUCUCUGUCGAAAGCAGCAGUUCUGACGUCAACAAGGUUGCAAUCGGGGCGCAAACAGUGGCCACUUGUGGCUGCCAUCGCACCAGUAUCUGUUGAUUCUCCCGGAGGUCAGAGAAAGGGAAAACAGGACCACCAAAAUGAGAUAUGAAUAUCAACUGCUCCAGCAGCAGGACUCCUCCGAGCGGUCGCAGGCUCCGGCCGGGUCCCGCCGCAAGUCGGCCAACCCGAAGAUCGUGGCCAACAACCUGCGCUUUUCGUUCUUCUGCCUCGUGAUCAGCGCCGCGCUGCUCAUGUUCCUGUUCCUCACGUACACCGACUCGUUCCACCCGAUCGUGGACAGCAUCGCGGGCCACUUGGGCUACCACGAGAAGACCUAUGCCGUCGUGAUGGACGCCGGCUCGACCGGCAGUCGCGUGUUGGCCUUUGAGUUCCACCGGGGCUAUCUGGACGGGCGGUUGGUGCUGGAUCAUGAACUGUUCGAGCACUCGAAGCCGGGGCUGUCCGCGUUCGCCGAUCGGCCCCAGGAGGGCGCAGUCACCAUUGAAAAGCUGCUGCAGAAGGCGAAAGAUGUUAUUCCCAAGGAAAAGUGGAGCCAGACGCCGCUGGUGCUGAAGGCCACGGCCGGUUUGCGAUUGCUAAAGCCGGAGCAGGCCGAAGGACUGCUGCAGGCGUGCCGGGAUUUGUUCGAAAAGUCCGGUUUUUUGGUCAACGAGCAAGCUGUGGAGAUCAUGGACGGAACGGACGAGGGUAUCUUCUCGUGGUUCACCGUAAACUUCCUCCUGGGCAAGCUGAACGGACGCAACACGGUGGCCGCGCUGGAUUUGGGCGGUGGAAGCACCCAGGUGACAUUCGCGCCGAAGGACGUGUCGCAAACCCCGCUGUACAAAGAUUUCAUGCACCGAGUACCGACGUUCAACGCGUUCGUCGAUGUCUUCACCACGAGCUAUCUGGGCGCGGGUCUGAUGGCCGUUCGACAUGCGGUUUUCACGCACGGAGCUCCCGAGGGACAGACGAAGCUGACCAGCGAGUGUGUCAACUCGAUCAUUAAGGAUAAGCUGUUCCGGUACAGUACCGAGCAGUUCUACAUUAGCGGUAAGGAGAACCCGAAGGCCACGGCGGAGAAUCCCGAGGUAGACUACGAACAGUGUGCGUCGAUCGUGCGCAAGAAGGUGCUGCCCACGUUGCGGCCAAAGCCGGUGACGCUGAAGCAGCACGAAAUUUCCGCGUUCAGCUACUUCUUCGAUCGAGCGAUCGAAACGGGACUGGUCGAUCCCUUCCAGGGCGGCGAAACCACGGUUGGUAGCUUCGUCACGAAAUCGCGCGAAGUUUGCGCCGAUGCGAACGCCGACCAGCCCUUCAUGUGCGUUGAUCUCACCUUUAUUGCGGUCCUGCUCGAGGAGGGCUACGGGCUGAAGCCCAAGACGCCGUUGAAGUUGUACAAAAAGAUUGACGGCCACGAAAUUUCCUGGGCGUUAGGCGCGGCCUACAACAUUCUGACUAGCAACAAAAGCUCGCAGCUCUAAAUCAGAAAAAAACACACUCACACACAACCACCAACACAACAACAACGAUACAAUCAGUAAACAGUAGCAGAAGAAACAGAACGUACCACCAAAUCAACAAAUGUUUACUUUCAAAUAGUUUAUUUUUUCGAACGAAUAGUUUUACUUUCUGGCCAAACACGAUACACAUACACAAACACGCCGGACAAAUGGACGGAGCGGUCAAGUUUUUAGCAUAUUUAGAGAACAAGAACAUUUUUGAUAUGUCAAAUUUUACAAACAGAUAACAAGAGAUUUUUUAGGUUUUGACACCCCGAUGCGAACCGUGUUUUGAUAAAAAUAGCAUAAAAAACUGAGCAAAACACUAUCAAUGUAUUACCACAACACAACUGCAAACAACAAACAAAACUAGCAUAAACGAUAGAUGAAUGAAACCUAAAUGUGCCUUAAACAGUCAACAGUAGAGAGGAGGAAAUAUUUUUGAUUUUAGCACCACAUUAUAACUAGUAGAGUAACAAAGAGUAAAAACAAACAAAAUAUCAUGCCUUCACCAAACCACAAAUAUUCCACCAAAAUCAUCCACCUUAGCUCCAUCGUAGAUAAAAUUACUAGACUAUAGAGAGCACGAAGGAAAGACGACGAAGAAAAAAAGUGACGACGCACCUUGCCGGUAGUUCUCCCGUUGUAACACACAUUCCCCGCCCACCCCACUUUUAAAAAUAUCACUCAAUGUGUCACCGUAAAUCGAUGUCGUAGUUAAAAAUGUAGUUAAUGUUGUAAAAUGGCUUGCACAAACACACAAUUUCGCGCGUGAGCCUGGCUCGCGUUCUAUUCUUCUGUUAUUUCGUUCUGUUGGGCAUUCUUAACAAGUAGCAAGUGUUUCAUCAUUAAAUGUGUAGAAAGAUUAUUGUUAGGGGAAGAAAGGUAGUGAGUAAUGGUUAGACGAAAUAGGUUUUUAUUUUUCAAUGUCGAAUGUGAUACGUUUAGUAAAAACACUAGGGAAAGAAAGGUGGCAUUCAAAAAAUAACGAAACUCCUGAAAAAAUCCAGACGAUUGUACCGAGAGAUGAUUCACACACAUAUUUAAAUAAACUCAGGGGAACUGAUUCUUGUCGAUCACCUGCAACAGCA